AUGGCUCCACGCUCAGCUCUCGUGCUGCCUCCCUGGUGCGCACAAUCCGGCUAUUCCACCAUUAUCCCUCGUCCACUGCUGCGGUUGUGGGAUGAGGCUGUGGAGUGGCACCCGGUAGUAGUAGCGGCUGGCGGUGGAGGUGCGGCUGAUGAUGGCAGCGAUUUGAAGAUUGACGCCGAAGGCGUGGUGGCCGUCUGCAGUGCACAAGACACCAACCAGCGUGAUGACCGCGGUGACGACUUGAUGGGGGAGGAUCAAUGCUGCAUUUUCGUCAUUUCCCGCAAGAUCACCUCCAAGCUGAAGCACACCGCCUUCGACACGACCACAGCCAUGCUGCGGAGAUCAGUCGACACAGCCGUCUUCGUUGUCACCGUUUCCAUCACGCUCGACACGUACAGCUCAGCUCGGGCGCACAAUUCAGCCACAGCCAUGGUCACCAGCCGCUCCAGGUGCAGCAGUGUGUGCGCCAGCCACAACCACAGCCUCGACGUGCAUGGAUCCUGUCCCCUUCGUGCCAUCGACAACAAGCACCAAGCCACAGCCCCCAAGGUCAAGUGCAUCCUCGAAGCAGCUACAUCUGUUGGCAGCAUUCCUGGCAGCAGCAGCACCAUCUCAGCAACAACAGCAACAACACCCACCAAUGCAAACAGCACUGUGUACCGCGACCGUCCUGUCGAUACCAACCAUGCACGUUGGCUCGCAAAAGACGCCUCGACAACAGCAGCUACGACAGCAGCUACUGAGUGA